CUCCACCGAUUUUACACAGCACACAUACGCUCAUCUCUCUCUGAUAUCGGCAUUCAUCUAGCAAGCCGGCAUUUAGUUAGAAGCACACAAAUUGCUGACUCCACAGUUCGUAGCUGAAGUUUGAAGAAGUAACACGGCCUCAUCAUGUAUCUGAGAGCGAUUCUUGCGCUAUUUACAAUAGGAUUUGUAAACGCCGACGUUUUCUUUGAAGACAAAUUCCAAAACGAUAAUUGGCAGGAUGAGUGGGUCUACAGCAAGCAUCCUGGCAAGGAGCUGGGCAAAUUUGUUCAUUCAGCGGGCUCCUUUUUCAACGAUGCCGAAGCCGACAAAGGCAUUCAAACUUCCCAAGAUGCACGUUUCUAUGCCAUUUCAAGGAAAUUCGAUGGUUUUUCGAAUGAGGGAAAACCGCUUGUUGUCCAAUUUUCGGUGAAGCACGAGCAGAAUAUCGAUUGUGGCGGCGGCUAUGUGAAACUAUUCGAUUGUUCGCUGGAUCAAACCGAUAUGCACGGAGACUCGCCGUAUGAGAUUAUGUUUGGUCCCGAUAUUUGUGGUCCUGGCACCAAAAAGGUGCACGUGAUUUUGAGCUACAAGGGCAAGAAUCACUUAAUUAAUAAGGACAUCAGGUGCAAGGACGAUGUCUUCACACAUUUCUACACACUCAUCGUUAAGCCGGAUAACACUUAUGAGGUGUUAAUCGAUAACGAGAAGGUAGAAUCGGGAAAUCUCGAGGAUGAUUGGGACUUUUUGGCACCCAAGAAAAUCAAGGAUCCGCAUGCGAAGAAGCCAGAGGAUUGGGAUGAUAAGGCCACAAUUCCGGAUCCCGAUGAUAAGAAACCCGAGGAUUGGGAUAAGCCACAGCACAUUCCAGACCCCGAUGCGACCAAGCCCGAGGAUUGGGACGAUGAAAUGGAUGGGGAAUGGGAACCCCCAAUGGUCGAUAAUCCCGAAUAUAAGGGCGAGUGGCAACCCAAGCAAUUGGACAACCCCAACUAUAAGGGCACAUGGGAGCAUCCAGAAAUCGAUAAUCCCGAGCACAGUCCCGAUGACAAACUGUAUCUGCGCAAGGAGAUCUGCACUUUGGGCUUCGAUUUGUGGCAAGUGAAAUCGGGCACCAUCUUCGACAAUGUCCUCAUCACCGAUGACAUCGAGCUGGCAUCGAAGACGGCGGAGGGGGUAAAAGCCACACAGGCUGGCGAGAAGAAAAUGAAGGAGUUGCAGGAUGAGGUGCAGCGGAAAAAAGAUGAGGAGGAAUCCAAGCAGAACAAGGACAAGGAUGACGAGGACGAUGACGAUGAGGACGAGGACAAUAUGGAAUCAAAGAAUGAAUCCGAAGACAAUGGCCACGAUGAAUUGUAAUUAAGUAUCUACAAAUUGAAUAUACGAACAAUUUUUGUUGUCCGUAUUUAAGUUGUUUGAUGAUGGUGGAGACAAGCAAACUUAAUAAUAAUAUUUAUGUAGAAUUACAAUUUGCAAGACUUAUAAUAUAAUUUAUAAAUAAAGGAAUUGCCUAUAAGUCUUCAACAAAUAGAUCGGAAACUUAACAUUAA